AAAAUUAGGUCAUGCGCUGGACAGCAAUAUGCCUUUACCAGAUAUGCGCUUCACCAUUUAGGCAUUUUUUCACACGUUGUUUAUAUGCCCAAGUAUACUUAAAAUACGGAUUAUUUUUUCGGUUUAAAGGCAGUCGUGGAACGGUGAAAGUAGGUUAGUUAUUAAAGCCUUGUUGUUGUAAAUACAGACACGGGAGUUAGCCGUAUAGGGUAGAUCUAUAAUAAACCUGUAUGUAUGUGAGCAAUAGUGUCCUGAGCUUUAUUUAAGCUAGUAACGAUUCAUGCUGGCAAUCAUAACAAAAUAGUUUGUGUCACUGGCUGUUGGUUUUAUGUGGCUCACCUAAUCAAAUGCAAAGCCGCGUGUCAAACUUAAAGUAAAUAGAUUGAAUUCGUGUAGAAGUGCAAUCAUAUUGCAUGUAAGGGGUCUCUUGAAACCCUCAUAAAAGAGAUCGUUAUAACUUAUAAGCUCAAAGGCCAUUGAUGAACUCUUGUUACCAACAAUUGCACGUGAGUAUAUAUCACAAGACCACUGUUUGGUGAGCAGGGCUAUGAUGAAUAUCGAUGAACCACUGAAGUCAAGUGAAAAUGUGAGUUUUCCACGUGGUGUUCCACGAAAGAAGUUUUAUGUCCGACAACGAUACGUACUGGCUUCCCUUGGUUGUAUGGGCUACUUUCUAAUCAGUUGUUUACGGAACUGUAUAAACGUCACUGUAUUGUCGAUGGUGCGCUGGAACAAUACAGAGACCAAUGUCACAGAUGCGAUAAAUUUAACCAUAGAGAAAUCUAAAGGUUUUGAAUGGAGCAGCAGCCAAGAAGGGCUAUUUCUCGGCGCCUACUUUUACGGAUACGUCUGUACCAACAUUUUGGGCGGAUGGCUUGGAAAUAAGUUCGGUUUCCCCAUAGUUUUCGGGUUACCAAUUUUUAUCUCCGCCCUUCUAAGCAUUGCAACUCCUUUUGCAGCUUACACUAGCUUUCCACUCGUUAUAGCUUGCCGAGUACUUAUGGGCUUGCUACAGGGAGCUUCAGUCUGUGCUUUCCAGGGUUGCUGGAGCUCUUGGGCGCCACCUCUUGAGCGUAGUUUGUUAAAUUCCAUUGCCUUGUCAGGAUUUCCGUUUGGACUAGGAUUCGCUAAUUUCUUUGCGGGUUAUAUCUGCGGAACCCUCGGCUGGGAAGCUGUAUUUUAUAUACUAGGCGGUGUCGCAAUUGGUUGGUCGGUGGUUUGGAUAAUAAUUGUCUCUGAUUCACCACGCACGAACAGAUGUAUAACUGCAGCAGAGGUUGCUUACAUAGAAAAGAGCAUCGGUUUUACUUCUAAGGUGAAUUUGCAGGACAUGCUGCAAUCGCAAGUCGUGCCUUGGGGAGCAAUAAUGAGAUCACGCAGUGUGUGGGCAAUAUUUGUUGCUCAUUUCUGCGACAAUUGGAGUGGCUACACUUUCAAUGCUAUUUUGCCAACUUUCAUGUCUAAGAUAUUUAAUUUCAAUGUGUUUCAGAGUGGAGCAGUAAUGACAGCCCCAUAUAUAGCCCAGGUUGUUGUGAGCAUCCUUGCAGGUUUUAUGACAGACGCUGCCCGGCAACGGAAAUGGAUAAGUACUUCUGCAGCUCGCAAAGUGAACACAAUCAUUGCACAGAGCUUCCUGAAUCUAUUUAUGAUCAUAGCAUGCUACUGCACUGAUAGUACGACUGUCAUAGUUUUAUUUGUCGUCGGAAUGUCUCUCAGAGGAUUUACAUAUGCUGGACACAACUCAAGCCCAAUAGACAUCGCACCCAUGUAUGCCGGGGUGGUUUUUGGAAUAUCAAACACCAUUGCUUCUAUAACUGGCUUUCUAGGGCCUCUCACAGCAGGUUUAGUUAUCACAGAUAAGACAUCUAUCGGUCAGUGGCAAACUAUGUUCUGGAUAAACGGAGCGCUCGGUUUCUUCGGUUCGAUUUUCUUUGCUUGCUUUGCGUCUGAGGUGGAGCGGAAAUGGGCGCAAAUAAAAGGUAUAGAGACUUUGAACGUAUUCUCGUAUUGUUCAAGCACACCACCUUCACGUUAUCCAGUCUUAGUUUAUUUGGAUCUUUAAAGAUACCUGUCGAAGAAGACUCCGAUAAAGAAACAGACCUAAAGACAAACCUGAAGAGUGGUCUAACUGAUGAUGAAUGCUGAUCUUGCAUUCACGGUUGUUGUGCUGUUCAACACUGUGUCUCACUGUCUCUUAGCUAAACAAACCUUACUCUAAAAUACAAUGGGUGUUUUGCUAUCUUACUACGCUAGAUGUAAUCCUGGUCAGCGCUGUCUUUUUCCGUUUACGUAUUAGGGUGAUAUUUUCUUCAAUGUCUUUUUAAACUACCUUAUUAAAAAAAAUUAUGAUGUAUUCGUGUUUCGCGACUAGAAAGAUAUAAAAAAGAGAAAUUGUUACAAGUUACGCAUUUGUUCGAAUUAAUAAAAGUAUAGGCUAAGCACAA